CAUACCAAUGCUCCCUCCUUGUAACUCCGAACUUUUGGACUCCGACUCAUUUGAACCGAGCUGUUAAAUCUUUGAGUGGUGUCUAGUGUCUACUGCCAGUAUUUCAUCGCCUCAUGCCUGUCCUGCCUGUCGCCGCCGUCUACUUCCGAUUACAGGUUGACAUAUCAUUUUUUGCUGGACAUGUGUGGUCUCGGGUUCAGUUCUGAAGAAUCGAAGUUAGAAACACGCCCUUAGAGAAAGAUUGUGAAGCCACACAAGCUCUAACUUGUUCCUCUGUACUGAAUUGUCAUGGCUGCUUGCAGAGUUAGCCCCCUCCACAAUCCCAUUCUUAUGAUUCCAUUCACAUCUUCCAAGCCAAAAUCCCAUUUACCCAUUCAUUCCCUUCCAUGCCAUCACAAUCCUGAACUUCCCAGGUUGAGGAUUUCUCACAAACAUUGGAAAGCAAGAAAAAAUCGUUUUCCUAUAUCUUAUUGUUCUGUGGAAGAAGGAACUAGAAGUUUCUCAGAAUCAGGGUCGUCUGAUUCUUCCACGGAAACAGACAUUGACUUGAAGCUUCCAAGGAGAAGUCUUUUGGCUACUUUCACCUGCAACGCCUGUGGCGCUCGAUCUCAAAGGUUCAUAAACCGUUUAGCUUAUGAAAGAGGACUUGUCUAUGUUCAGUGUUCAGGGUGCUCAAAGUAUCAUAAAUUGGCGGACAAUCUUGGUCUUGUGGUUGAAUACAACUUGAGAGAUGGAAAUGAUGGCGGGGAUUAUUAUUCCGAGGGAGACCAGUAUUUAUAAUAUAAUGCGUCAAUAACAAGGUGAAACAAUUUGAUAGAACUUGAAGGAAAGAUGGGAUUGGUGAAUGCAUCAUUCUAUCUCCACUCGAAUCCUAUAUCAGUAUUUGGUGCCCUCCAUCUCCUAUGCAAUAUAAUACCAAUCACUUGUAUGAUGUUUCAUGUACAUCCAUUGUGAGUAUUCAUUUAUGAGUAACUGAAUAUUCAUUUUCAAACAAUUGAAUACUCAUUUUUUAGAAACUGAAUUUUUAUUUUCUCUAAAAUUUAGUUAUACUUGAAAAUGAUUAUUCACUUACUAAAAAAUGAGUAUUCAUUAA